AUGGCUUCCAAUGGCAGCCAGAUCCUAAGAACUGCAUUCAUAUACUUCCUGUUAUCACUCUUUCAAUCUUCUUGUAAUGCAGCUUCUUACAAUGUGGUUCGUUUUGGGGCCAGAGCCGAUGGCCGGACUGACUCGAGCAAAGCCCUUGAAGCGGCGUGGAGGGCUGCCUGUGGUUCGACCGCUUCGUCCACGGUUUACAUUCCCAGAGGCACCUACAUGACCAGACCCGUCGUGUUCAGUGGACCAUGCCGGAGCAGGAUUCUGUUCCAGAUCGACGGUAAACUUGUUGCUCCACCAAAUUAUCAGGCCAUGGGAAACUCCGGCUUCUGGAUACUGUUCACUAAAGUUUCAAGGUUAACCGUCCAUGGCGGAACCAUUGAUGCAAGGGGUUCACAGUUCUGGGUUUGUCGGAGAACUGGCAGCAACUGUCCGGCUGGAGUAAGGUCGAUAUCGUUCAUGUGGUCGAAUAAUGUGGUGGUGAGUGGACUAAAGUCAUUGUACAGCCAAACCAUUCAUGUUGCCGUGAGCCAAUGCAGCAAUAUACGGUUCGAACAUAUGAGCAUUAUAGCCCCGAGCCGAAGCCCCAACACGGAUGGGUUCAUUAUUCAAUCCUCGACUGGUGUUACGAUCAGAAACAGUCUGAUUAAGACCGGGGACGAUUGCAUUGCACUCGGGCCUGGCUCCAAGAACGUAUUGAUCGAGAAGAUCGCUUGUGGCCCUGGCCACGGUAUAAGCAUAGGUAGCUUGGGGAACAGUUUGAACGAGCUCGGAGUGCAAAACGUGACGGUUCGCAACACGAUAUUCACGAAAACUCAAAAUGGUGUUCGAAUAAAGUCGUGGGCAAGGGACAGUAAGAGUUACGCAACGAAUAUCGAGUUUAGGAACAUAAUAAUGAGGGCUGUGGACAACCCGAUCAUCAUCGACCAGACUUACUGCCCAAGUAACCGAUGCCCGCGUGAGACAUCAGGAGUCGAAGUGAGCAACGUGAGAUACAGCAACAUAAAAGGAACAUCAACAACGGUGGAAGCCGUGAGGUUUGAAUGCAGCUUGAGCAACCCGUGCAGAGGGAUCCGGAUGCGUAACGUGAGACUAAGCACUCCGAAUCGAGCUACGACUACGACCUGCGAAAACGUCCACGGCUCGGCUUCCGGCCUGGUGAUUCCCAGGAGCUGUUUCUGAUGGAUGGAUGGUAGCUUGGUUGCCAUUGAUUCAUGAUAUCACCAAACAAUUGUAAUGAUUUUUCUUUGAUUGGUUUGUUUUCAUCAGUUAUUCAAUCCUUUGGUUGAAUAUUGAAGAUGAUAUGAUUGUAGUACUACAAAGAAGUAGUAGUUGGUUGUUGGUACUUGGAUGAGUUUGGG